CAGUUCGUCAAAAAACGAGAAGGAAAAAGCCUUAGCCCCAGGAGGUGAGAAAGAUAUUUUCUACGCUUGUUUCUACACUUUACUUUUUCUUUUAUUUUCACCCCAUUGAAAGGAUAGAAACAUGCUCAAUUAUUCCUUCAAUAAGGGCCAAAUUUAUGUGUAGUGGAUAAUGAUUAGACUUCCUGUGCUGGCAUGGCGGACAUGCCCUAAACUGUAGCUGUUUACACAGAAUGGUUUCUCCGUUCUGCUUAUCGUUAUUCUGGAGUCUGGGUUCUCAAUUUUAAUCCGCAAGUUCGUCUUUGAUUUUUGUUUUCUGGACUUCUGUUUCAUCGAUGCCUGGUUUGAAUUUGAGAUCCGUCCUUUGUUUCGAGAAUUUCAGAUGGGCUUCCCCUGCUCAGAGAGCAAUGCGGGAGGUCCAGCUUGGAUCCCAUACUGUUAGAUCCCAUGGAGUUGCAGUGGCAAGGACACACAUGCAUGACUGGCUGAUUCUAUUCCUUCUUGCUGUGACGAUAGGUAUUCUGAAUGCUAUUCACCCAUUUUACCGAUUCGUUGGGAAAGAUAUGAUGGAUGAUCUCAAGUAUCCAUUCAAGAACAACACCGUUCCUUUUUGGGCAGUACCUGUGUAUGCUGUUUUGUUGCCAAUAAUCAUCUUUGUGGUAGUCUAUUUUCGUCGAAGGGAUGUCUAUGACCUCCAUCAUGCAAUACUGGGUCUCUUAUUUUCUGUUCUUGUGACUGGAGUUAUCACAGAUUCCAUAAAAGAUGCAGUUGGUAGACCUAGACCGGACUUUUUUUGGCGUUGUUUUCCAGAUGGAAAGGAUGUUUAUGAUAAAUGGGGAAAUGUUGUAUGCCAUGGAGUUGAAAAUGUCCUAAAGGACGGGCAUAAGAGUUUUCCAAGUGGGCACACUUCUUGGUCAUUUGCCGGUCUUGGAUAUCUGUCGCUGUACUUAGUUGGGAAGAUAAAAGCAUUUGAUAGCCGGGGGCAUGUUGCCAAACUGUGUUUGAUAUGGGUUCCUCUCACAGCAGCGGCCUUAGUUGGGAUUUCUCGAGUGGAUGACUACCGGCACCACUGGCAAGAUGUGUUUGCCGGAGGUCUACUUGGUCUUACAGUUGCCACAUUUUGCUACUUGCAGUUCUUUCCACCUCCUCACCAUGUCCAAGGCUGGGCAACAUAUGCGUAUUUUCGGGCACUGGAGGAGAGUAACGGAGCUAUACAUGCCAACAGCGGUGGUGUGGGGCCCACCGAAGCUCGAGUCGAAAAUCUAGGAGGCGAAAGAGCCCAUGGUACGUUCAUGGGGAUUGGUUUAGCUGAUGAGGAUGUGGAGUCUGGCGGCGGUAGGUAUUCUUGAAUCUUGACCACUAACUAGUAACUAGACUAGAUCAAUGGAAUGAAUAGGCUCAAUUUUUUUUUGACAAACAAACUAGUCGUAGAAGAAGAAGAAGAAGAAGGCUUUUACUUGUAUAUAUUUGUCUUUGCGAACCACGGAGUACAAUAAAAUUUGUCUUGCCUGUAAGACAGAUUGACAUUGGCUAUUCACCAGUUACUAUUCUGGCAUCACGAUGCUUUCAGAAAAUUUCCCAUACCCAUUAGAUAAUAGAUAUGGUACUUCGUU